UUGAUCUUUUUGCAUGCUAUUACUCCCAGGAUGUUCAUGAAACUGCAGCAGGAGCUCUUUGGAAUCUUGCUUUCAACCCUGGAAAUGCUCUCCGGAUUGUGGAAGAAGGGGGAGUUCCUGCACUUGUCCAUCUCUGUUCUUCGUCAGUGUCAAAGAUGGCGCGUUUCAUGGCUGCAUUGGCACUGGCAUACAUGUUUGAUGGGAGAAUGGAUGAAUUUGCUCUGGUAGGGACUUCAUCAGAGAGCAUGUCAAAGAGUGUGAGCUUAGAUGGUGCUAGAAGGAUGGCCUUGAAGCACAUUGAAGCUUUUGUGCUUACAUUUUCUGAUCCUCAAGCAUUUGCCACAGCUGCAGCAUCAUCAGCUCCAGCAGCACUAACACAAGUUACUGAGAGAGCUCGCAUCCAAGAAGCAGGGCACCUCCGAUGCAGUGGAGCUGAAAUUGGGAGAUUUGUGGCGAUGCUACGAAAUCCUUCUUCUAUACUCAAAGCAUGUGCUGCUUUCGCUCUUCUCCAGUUUACAAUUCCUGGUGGUCGGCAUGCCAUGCAUCAUGCUAGCCUUAUGCAGAGUGCUGGAGCAGCAAGAGUACUCCGUGCUGCAGCUGCAGCAGCAACUGCCCCAGUUCAAGCUAAGAUCUUUGCAAGAAUUGUACUCCGCAACCUUGAGCACCACCAAGUUGAACCCUAAAAUCAGAUCCAUCAGGAUUACUGUCUCAGAACAGAGCAGGGCCUGAUUCAUGGAAGUACAUUUUUAACCAUUCUAUUGGUCAGUAGCAGUGCUAGAGAAAAUUCUGAAGAAUAUCUUACACUGUAGCCUCUGUGAGAUCUGAGUGCGAGCCCUAGAGAAGAGAAGUUGUUGGAUAUUUAAAGUGGUUCUGUAACAUGCGAAAGGUACUUACAACGAGGCGUUGAUGCCAAAUCGAAUGUCCUCAUCAGUUUUCAUAUUUGUAUUCAUCAUGACAAAAAUGUUCUAUAUAGUCAUAAAUAUUGAAGCUAUUUGGGAUUGCUAGGCAUUAUCUGUUUUGUUGUAGUGAUUACUACAGGUGAAAUUAAUAAUAAUUGUUUUUUUUUAUUCA